AUGGAUGAAAUUCGCAAGCGAAAGUUGCCCUUCAUCGGGGAUGAUGGUCAACAGCGCUAUCCGUCUUCAACCCCACUACCAGAAGAGAUCGACAAGGACGAUGAGAUCUGUUUUGGAUCUAUUAUCGAUGUUAAAACUCAGUUAUGUGGUUCAGAUGGGUUGUCUGAUUUUCCCAUAGCCCCGGAACUUGAAGAGCAACCAUUUGAUCUUCUACGUGAAGGAGACUUCUUUUCACUCACAAAUGGCCAAUCAAAGAUUUCUCUCCUAGAUAAGAAGAAAAGCAGUGACCUUUCUGAACUCACAGAAGCUUUUGAAGUUCGGCUUCAGGCCUUCACUUCAACCAGCCAUAUUCUUGACAUUAUCCAUUUUUUGGAAGAAGGCACUAGGGGAAGCCCUGAAAAGUCAUUAUCAGUUGAGAUCAAUAUAUAUGGUUCUGAGAGAGAUGCGAAAGAAGUGGGAAUUCUUCUCGGCAACACCCAGAAUUUUCUACAGCCUCCUCGCUAUGGAGUCGAGAAGAUGACAUACAAGAACCCUCAAAUUCUUUCAAUAGCUGGCUUUUCAGAUGAAACCCGCAUCCCUCCUAUUUUUAUUUACGAGAAUGAUGGAGAUAACUCAUCCCAUGACGAUGAACAAACUGUGUCACAGGAUGAUGAUGUUGAUAACGUUGAUGACUUUUUGGACACUGGAUUAAGGCACGAGUCAAGAGCUAACAUAUCAGUCGAUCGCCGUAUUCAAACUGAACUUCGCGAGCACCAAAAAGAAGCAGUUGACUUUAUUUCUCGCCGAGAGCGGGGAGAAAUGCCUGAAGAGCAGAGUCUUUGGAAAUACAAUGAUGAGGAUGAGGAUGAGCCAUUCUAUCAACAUGUCUUGAAUGGAGAAAGGAAAAGUCAGCCCAGUCAUGCUCGAGGUGGGAUCCUUGCCGACGAGAUGGGUCUGGGUAAGACCUUGGUAAUAUUGUCAGUCAUAGCCGGGACACUUGCUCUCGCAAAGGAAUUCGAAGGACUCGACAUAGAAGAAUCUCAGCCACAGAUCGAGCCGCAGAUCCAGCCACAACCAAAAUUGAACUCGCAAGCGACCCUCAUUUUGGUUCCGUCCACUCUUAUUAUAGAUAACUGGGUUAAGGAAAUUCGAAAGCAUUCCUUUCCGUCAAGCUUAGUCUUUCAUAAGCAUAUUGGGCAGGACAGAUAUUUAGAGAAGGAAUUCCUUCGCAAAAGGGCUAUUGUAUUCACAACAUACGCGACUCUUGCAACUGAGGUCCGUCGUGAGGCCAGCUUUUUGUCAAAUAUCAAUUGGUUUCGAAUUGUUCUUGAUGAAGCCCACUAUAUCAGAAACCGGGCAACAAAGCAGUUUCUUGCUGUUACAAGGUUAUCCGCCCAGAACCGAUGGUGUCUCACCGGAACGCCUAUCCAGAAUGAUAUCGAAGAUUUGGGAGCACUCAUCGCUUUUCUCAAAGUCCCAGUACUAGAAAGACCCUCUACAUUCCGCAAGCUGAUUUCACACCCAAUCUCAUCUAAUGCGAGGUAUCGUUUCAAGAAUAUGCAAACUCUUCUUCAUGCAGUCUGUAUCAGACGAACCAGAGGCCUUUUGGAAAUCCCCGAGCCUAUCAUCCAAGUGAAACAAUUGCCAAUGUCACAGUUAGAAAGAUCUCAGUACCGCGAGCUCCUUCAUGAUUGCAAAAUGAAAAUUGACAUGGCGGUCAGUGGUAUUAGUCGCCAGCAGAAGGGGAGACCUAACUCGACUGUUCUGGAAUCCCUGCUUGCACUUCGCCUCUUUUGCAACAACGGCAAAGCGAUAACUAACAUGCCCGUGGAUUUGGAUGAAGCUUUCUCUCUUCUUCAGCAAGCAGGAGAUGAUAUAUGUGCUUACUGUGACAGAAGGGUCCAUGGUCUGAGCGGCUCUCCCGAAGCCACUGGGCUUGAUGAAGCUGUGAUUAUUCCCAACUGUGGACAUCUAGUUUGUCAAGCCUGUUUACCCGAUUACUUGGAGAAGAAGGACAAAUGCCCUGCUUGUGUACUUCACUCAACUUCUUCCAAUGCCCAGAGUAAGACAUUGCGUCAGGCGGCGCAACAGGAGACCCCAACUAGACAGAACUCCGGUACCUUUUCCGAAAGAUAUCCCACAAAGCUGCGCGCUCUUCUGGAUGACAUUAUUCAAAAUCGGUCUCAAAGAUGUAUUGUUUUUUCAAGCUGGAGGAAAUCCCUCGCCAUCAUCUCGGAACUCCUUUCAAGCCACCACAUAGCUUUCAGCAUGAUAGAUGGAUCGCUUCCACUACCAAAACGACAACAGGCCCUGGCAGCUUACGAGGGCACAAAUGAUACAAAUGUUCUUCUGAUGACUCUUGGAACCGGUGCCGUAGGACUUGACCUUGUGUCAUCAUCUUGUAUCUAUCUGCUUGAACCACAAUGGAAUCCCUCCAUCGAAGAGCAGGCAAUUGGAAGGGCGUUACGACUUGGUCAGGUCUCACAAGUCAGGAUCGUGCGAUACAUCAUGGAAGGCACCGUCGAAGAGAGCAAUGUCCUAUCCCGUCAGCGCAAAAAGCGUCAGCUCGCAGGUGGUGGAUUUAAGAAGCGAAACCAGGAAGAUCUCGAAUUAUUAAAGGAACACGUCAAUAAGGAGACCGAGUUGGACUAUCACAACGCUGACUAUGACAUGAUCAUCGACGGGUAA